AUGGUCCGUCAUAAGAAAGAUAAUUUAGCUAAGCGAAGUAAGAGAGCGUUUCCUGAAGGCCAUCGGCGCCUCCCACCUCGCGAUCCGGACAACGAGAAUGAUGAUACCCCACGAGUUCCUUUCAAUGCUGCCUGCUGGGAUCUGGGCCAUUGCGAUCCCAAGAAGUGCUCUGGAAAGAAGCUGAUGCACUUUGGAAUGAUGAGAGAUCUUCCAAUUGGACAUAAGUUUCCUGGGGUUGUAAUAUCACCGAAUGCGAAACACACCCUUUCUCCCGCGGAUAGGCCACUGCUCGAGCAGUAUGGUGCUGCUGUUGUCGAGUGUUCUUGGGUUAGAGUCAAGGAGGUUCCUUGGUCUAGAAUUGGAGGAAAGUGUGAACGUCUAUUACCCUACCUUGUUGCUGCGAAUCCUGUCAAUUACGGACGACCGUGGCGACUGAAUUGCGUGGAAGCUCUCGCAGCAUGCUUCUAUAUCUGUGGUCACGAGGACUGGGCAACCCAAGUUUUAAAACAUUUCAAGUACGGCGGACCAUUCUUGGAGAUAAAUUCACAGCUCCUUAAGCGCUAUGCUGCAUGUGAAACCGAGGAAGAUAUCAAGGUGGCGGAAGAGAAAUGGCUUGAUAAAAUAGAGAGGGAAUACUCGGAAAGCCGCGCAGAACGCACAGAGGAUGACAUUUGGAAGACCGGAAAUACAAACCGCAUGGGCUUUGCCGAUUCGGAAGAAGAAGAUGAGUCGGAUGAGGAGUCAAAGGCUAACGAAGGAGACGAAUUGGAAGAGCGAGACCCUUACGCGCUGCCUGAGGAUUCUGACGACGAGGAAGAAAUGGCUGAACUUCGGCGCAAGGUUCUUAAUUCCAAACCUUUCCAAGAUCUUAGACCGGCAGAAAACAAACCAACUCCAGAAACUGUUGGACGGCCUGCGACGCUAAGUAAGAACACAAGACCGGAAACCGAACUAGUCGAUGAAGACGAUGUGUCCGAGGACGAGGACGAUGUGGCUUUUGACAAAAUAAUAAAUGCCACAACGGUGACGGAUAGAACUGGGAUAUUAGCAAUGCAGCGUCAAAGGCAACAACAAGACAAAAGUCUUUCCUUCUUACGAAAUUCUGAGCCUGGGGCGAUCAAAAGAUGA